UCUGUUAAAAAAACUCAGCGUGGACUACAUUCUGUAUCCCUCCGCUCUAACCGGAAGUGAUUUUAUCCGCCAUUCAUCGAAGGUGUCGGUUCAUUGCUUUGUGAGCUUUGGGAAAAUGGCAGAACAAAAUGAAGAUCCCAUUCAAGAAGUUGGUGAUGAUGACACGGACAAUCCUAACUACAGGCCACCUGCACAGAAGACUCUGACUGAGAUCCAGAAGUUGGAUGAGGAUGAUGAGAGCUUACAGAAGUACAAGAAGACCUUGCUAGGGGAAGUCUCUGAUCCACCAAGGCCUGAUGAUCCCCGCAAUGUUAUUGUAGAAAAACUGGCUUUCUGCUCAGAGGGCCGGCCAGAAAUAGAGAUGGAUCUCUCAGGUGACCUGUCCAAGCUGAGAACAUUUAUUGUAAAAGAAGGAACACAAUAUAAGAUAAAAAUCUACUUUUUUGUGCAAAGAGAAAUUGUCAGCGGCCUGGUGUAUAAACAGAAAAUCGUCAGGAAAGGAAUAAAGGUCGAGAACAUGAAGAUGAUGGUCGGCAGCUACGGUCCUAAGAAGGACCUCAACUGCUACACAACAUCCUUGGAAGAUGUCCCCUCAGGAAUGCUGGCUCGAGGGACGUACACCAUCAAAAGUCAAUUCACAGAUGACGAUAAGAACAAUUACUUGGAGUGGCAGUUCGGAAUGGAAAUAAAGAAGGACUGGGAAAACUGAGCUAUCAAUGAAGCUACUGUGUAUGAAAUGUACAGUUUUAUAUUCUUUAAGCCCUGUUACAUAUUUUAGUUCUGUCUGUUUGAUGCUGCUGGUUAUUGAGACACUAUGUUCUACAUAUUGCAUGUCUACAUAAUGAUGUAUGCAUACUGUGACAAUAGUCAUCUGGCGGCCAUUAAGGGGACUCUAUGGGAAGCUGUUCUAUGGCUUUGUCAAACACUGCAUGGUGAUAAAUGUGGAAUUUGACACAACGAAUAAGUAAAAUCUGAAUAUAAGGUAAUAAUUUGUCAUUCAGAAAGCAGUUUCUUGGUUUCCUGACCUGGCAAGCACCUAUAACAUUAACAGCCUGGUACAUUGAAUCGAUGUUUGAAUGUCCUCCUGUCUGAAUCUACGAUCUCAAGAGUCCCUUUAUUGACUGCGAUACGAACUUUGCUUAGUCCCAUAAUGACCACAUAUCUAUGUUUUAAGCUAAAGUACAUAUUCAUGUAACCACGGUAACCACAUUUUUAAUCAUGGAUCUUUGUCAUUCCCGUUGGUGAACUUUCAUGAUGAAGUUUCAAGGUAUAAAAGUAAUAUGUAUGUUUUUUUCAAAAGUGAAGUAUUAUUUCGAAGCGUUUAUACUUCCGUAGCUCACAGCAUCCGAUACUCAGUCCAUCAUGAUUGUGACACAACCAACAACUCCGAAUCCAGGGACACUGCUGGCUGUCAGCCUGUAGCAUAUACAUAUUUCAAUUUUGAUGUACAUUUCCCUUGACAGUACAGUCUUUCAGAAUGAUUUAACAUCAAAAUAUUUUGCUACAUAUUUUUAUUUAAAUACAGUAUGCCAGAAUUUGUUGAGAGUAAGUAAUUGUGCAAAAUGUUAGAUGUUGAUCGUGUUGAUAAACAUUGCACUAUUUUUAACAGCUUUCUUUCCGUGUUGGUUUCAUUGGUAAAUUGUAUUUUUUGGAUUAGAUUCCGAGUACAACUGAAUGUCAAUAGCAUAUCAACUGUCUGUUCAGCUGGUCCAAUUUUGACCUGUUUUGUACGGGAACACUAAGUCCUAUCUAACUGAUGAUUUUUAGACAUUUUACAAGUGCAAGUAUUUGGCAGUGCUCGACUUAUAAUGCUUUGAAUUCUUUUUCUUACCAUGGGCAUUUUUCAUUGUUUCAAGCUGUUACAUGCUGUACACAUCUGAGAUAGGUUUUGAUAAUUCUGUUUUCUUUACCUGCAACAUUUGUACUAUAUACAUAUAUAUAUGCUUUUUAUCUCGGAAAAUGUGUGUUCAUUCAGUUAUUUCGUGGCAGUUGGGUGCUUGUAGAAUGCUUUACAUAUGGUGAGGCAAAAUAUACCUGUUCACUUGCAGCCUGCACUUGCUAUGGGAGUCACGAUAAUCAGCUGUCCACGUCAAACCAGUGAUGCACCAAGGAUGUAGGUGGGGUCAUUUCAUAAUAUCUAUUGGGUGUGUGUUAAGUGGUGAAUGUGUUCGCUCUUCAUGUCGUAGGCCCGGGUUUUGAUUCCCCAGAGUAUGGUCCAAUUCGGGUGUUCCUGUCGUAAUAUUGCUGGAAUAUUGGUAAAGGCAGUAUGAGACCAAACUUGUUAUGUUUACAAUGACAACCACGUGCAUGAAGUUGAAACAAUAGCCUGCAUGUGACCUAUCUUACGAAAAUAUAACAACUUUCUGAUUCUUAGUUUUAAAUCUUGAUUCUCGGUUCUACCAAUGUAAGUUUAUUAAAUUCAAUUUUGAUUUCAAUAUUCAAAUUCCAACCUAUUCGUUGAAAGUCAUGUGAACCCCCCAAAUUUUAAGCUGUAUUUGGAUAAGUUGACAGGACACCUUGAAUAUGGCUGCUGGUGCAUCACUGUCCCUUUUUGUCGGGAACAAUGUGCCUGUGUGAUCGAUAGUGGCGUUGUUAUGGAUGUAACCAUGGUAAAGGACAUGUCCUAAUGUUUAUGAGUGCAAUACACAUUUCCUUCUUUGAGUGUCUCUCUUGUCAUCUGUAAACGGGGACUGAGAUACUAUACUUAUUUUGACAGGACAUUUGAGAUCUGAUGCUGAGUCUAGUGGAUUCUCUCAAGCUACAGUGUAUGUGACUCUCAACUACAAUAAGUGCGCAUGACAUGAGCCAGUCACUGCCAGUGGAUGAUAACUCCCUGCAUCAGUAGCACAAAGUUAGAUUAACGCUAGCCAAGCUUGCCAAGAGAACAUUUUCAACAUCUAGUGGAUUGUAAGAGGUCACUUUAUUUGAUGGAUAUUUGAAAUUUUUACAUGUGUGUGACUUUUCGACGUUAUGAAAGUGGCUUGAAUUCAGCACACACGAUGAAUGCGAGUACUUGUCAGUUUGUCAGAAAAUUCAUCUUGCUAUCUAUCAACUUGCUAUUCCAGUAGUAAUGGUUUUGCUGUUGGAUCCAGAAGGGUACAGGGGAUGUAAAAAUCUCCACCCCUAACAUACCAGCCUAUCAUGGUAUUUUUGUUCACUUGGGUCAAGUGUGCACCCAAUUCUUUUUCAAAAUCCUGGAUCCACGUCUGUUUUGUCCGAUAUUCAUCUGAGAAAGGUCUCUAACAUCCAUAUGUUCCACAGGGCUAAUGAUGCUUCAUGUUAACUUCUAACAGUGCUUACUGUCACUUCUGUGAUCAGGCCAGUGGAAAUACAUACAUUGUAUCUGUCAUUUGUCAUGAAGCCUGUCCACCGAUACCAUCAUUCUUUUUAUUAUUGACAUGUCAUCACCAUUGCUUAGUGCUACCGUUACUCCUAUCUUGUCAACAGCAACUUGUCCUGAAGCUAUGCAACUGUUCCUCACAAUGGUCAAAGCUGUAUGUCUUCUGUGGACACAAUGUCCGACCUUUGCCUUAAUAAAUAUAUGCCUCAUA